CCCAUUGCGAACUAUAUCAUAUAUUACUUCCUUAAUUGGAAAAGGAAACUAUUUGGGAACGUUUUAAGCAGUUAUGACGAGAAAUCGCUUUUAAUGAGUGAAUGCGGCAACCUAUCUCGUAAAAUUGGAGUCUGAUGUGAAAAUGGCAAGUGCGAAAUCGAAAAGAACUCAAAAGAAAAAGUUGAUGGUUGCAGCUAUUGAUUUUGGAACCACAUUUUCUGGCUGGGCUUUUUCCUUUGACCAUGAUUAUAAAUCGGAUCCAACAAAAAUAUCCUGCAAACAGUGGAACAGUGGAAAGAAUAUUUCUAUGAAAGCACCCACAACAGUUCUAAUACAACCGGAUGGACACACACUGGAAGCGUUUGGUUACGAGGCAGAGGACAGGUACGCGGAGUUAGCAGACGAAGAGGAACAUAGAACAUACUUUUACUUUCAACGCUUCAAAAUGAUGCUGUUUGACAACAAGAAUCUAACUAGAAAUGAGGAGCUUGAAGAUGACAAAGGUAAACGCCUGCCCGCUAAACGUGUAUUUGCUAUGGUGAUUAGAUAUCUUAAAGACGAUUUGCUGAAAGAAUCUGAGAAGAAACUUGCUGGAGGACUUGAAGAAGAAGAAAUACAAUGGGUGUUAACUGUGCCUGCAAUAUGGACCCCGCCAGCUAAACAGUUUAUGAGGGAAUGUGUCAUUGAAGCUGGAAUACAGUCACAAAAUCUUUUGGUAGCCCUUGAGCCAGAGGCAGCUUCUUUAUAUUGUAAAUACCUCACAAUACAGAAACAGAAAGAUGGGAACGCAGAGUCACAAGUACUAUCUUCAUUCGAACAUGGUGCGAGGUAUAUGGUUGUCGACGCUGGAGGUGGAACGAUUGACAUUAUAGUCCAUGAAGUUUGCACUGAUGGAACAUUAAGAGAGAUAUAUCAAGCUAAUGGUGGAAACUGGGGCGGUACAACAGUUGAUAACGCUUUCCAAGAUUUUUUGACAAGAAUCGUUGGAAGAAAUGUAAUGAAAAGAUUUCAAGAUGAACACAAAGACGAUUUCCUCGACCUUCAAAGAGAGUUUGAAGUAAAAAAAAGGUCUAUUAAGCCAGAUCUUAAAUCGAAAGUAAAGCUUAAAAUACCUGUUUCGCUCUCUGAUAUUUAUAAAGAUGUAAACUCAAAAAGUGUAAUGAAAAUAAUUGAGAAAGAUGAGUACCUUAAUGGAAAAGUGAAAUUUAUGGCAGAUAAGGUUUUGUUUGACAGCAAUCUGUUUAAAAACCUUUUUAGUUUUGCAACGGAUCAUGUUACAGAGCAUUUGAAAAAUAUUCUACACAAAGAGGCAACAGCAAAUACCAAUACAAUUUUGAUGGUCGGAGGUUUUUCAGAGUCUCCAAUGUUGUUUGAAGCGGUAAAGGAAACGUUUAAAGGUAAAAACGUAUUACUACCUGAAGAUGCAGGUCUCUCUGUUCUAAAAGGGGCAGUAAUUUUUGGACAUUCCAGAAAAGACAUUAAUGUAAGAAUUAGUCAGUAUACUUACGGAUUCAAAAUGUAUGGUCCCUAUAACCCAAUGAUACACGCAAAAGAAAAGAUAUUGGUUAAAGCUAAUGGCGAAAAAGAAGUUCGUGGUUGCUUUAUAAAACUGACAGACAUAGGGCAGAUAUUGUCAUUUAAUGAAAUUUCAAGGAAACAUGAAGCGUUUCCACGUGACAAAUAUACGGGGUUUAGCUUUAAACUGUAUGCUUCGAUUAAGAAAGACCCUACCUUUGUGUAUGAGGAGGGUUGCUUCAAAGUUGGAGAGAUAGUUGUCGACUGCAAAGAUGAAAAUGGAAAAAUUGGAGGUGCUACAGUUCAGAUUAUGUUUGGUGGAACAGAGUUAGAGGUACAAGCCUUUCUUUUAUCCACAGGCAGAGAAACAAAAGCAACAUUUUGUUGUCUCGAUUAGCCAAAAUUCUCUGAAGGAUUAUAUAUAUUGGAAAAUAAUCUGUUCAAUACACUGUUAAUGACUUAAACCAUUGUUAGAGGUUUGAUGAUAAUAUAAGAAUAUCUUAUGUUUUGGACGAAUGCUCAACCGAUCAGAUUGAGCAUUAGGUUGAGUGGAUAGUUUAAAACACCAUAAUAUAAACGUAUUCCUACAUUCAAAGCAAAGUAAUAUAAGUAAGUUAAAUAUCACCAUUUGAUUGUUUUCGUUUUUUAAAAAAAACUUUUGCGUCCAAUAAGCUACUGAAUAAUUAUGAGACUCAUUUUAUAUCCGUAUUUUGUUUGACGUCAUAGGUUUAUUAACGAUAGAUGUGACGAGAUAUAACAUGUAGCACACGACUUCAUGUCAUUAGAUUUAAUAAACUUUGUUUCAUUGGUGUCCUUGUAUGACGUUUUGAAUAGCAAGGUAAUAAGGAGCAAGUACAUAUCUGUAUUUGAAAUGAAGUUGCUUUGUGUUACUCUAACGAGAAAAAAAUCACAGACAUCAAGUCCUAAUUAUUGUACGAAUGAAACAUUCAAGUAUUAAUUAAAUUAUUUUUUCACAAUUUAUGUUUUUGUAGUUUUAGACGAACUAUCAUUAUUAAACAUAGCAUGCAAUAUAAGAUGUUACAAUAAUUUUAUGUACCGUUAGAUUAAAAAAACGACACAUCAGAAGAAUUAGUUUUGAUGGUAUACAUGGGUGACAUAAGUGUGUUUUUAAAAAACAAUGACGCUCAAACAAAAAUAAAAUAACAACAAAAAACAGACAUAAUUUGAAUUAACAAAUAAAUAAAGUGGUGACCGGAAAAUGUAUGUUUGAAAUAUAAAAAGUUCUAUAAAUGGAUAUAUCUCAUAAGGAAAUGAAGGUUAUAAAUACUUGAGAAAUGUCAAAAAGGAAGAAAUUAAAAGAUGAAUUCACUCGCAAAAUAGAUUCAGCCGAUGUUUCCUGAGUAGAUAUUACGUGCGCAAUCAUCAUCUUUUCAAACAGUCUGAAAGCUUACACAACUACAACUUUAACAGAUGUCUAACGAUCAAAAUGUUAUGUCAUAUUAUCCUGCAGAUGCUGACCUUUUUGGUAAAAAUUACAGGGAAGAACUGAUUAUUAGAAGAAUCUUCAUUGGUCAUUUUUAAAUUACAAACUGAAAUCAGGGCUAAAAUAAAAUGUAAAAUAGUUCUUGUUAUUAUAAAAUAAAACGUACAAGAUAUUUCUAAAAUAAAAAGGAAAGACUAUAUAUAGUUCUUUAUUUUUCUUGUUAAAUUGCUGGUGAACCGGUUAAGGCCGGUUAACAAAGAUUUGACAUUGUUUUAUAUUUUUUCUUUUUCAUCAUAGCUGUUCGUAUGAAAUUAGAUAAAACGUUUAAAACUUGUUUGUUGAGAUUUAACUAUUCAUUAUCAUUUAUUUCCAUUUGCAACAUUUCAUGUGUGAUUCAUUAAUAAUACUCUCAAGAUUCAUUAAUAAUACUCUCAAUAUUGCAUAUGAUUAUAUUAAAUCGAGUCAAACUGUUAAAAAAAAUAUUAUUAGGGACACCAUGACAAAUACAGUAAAAUCGAAGUUGUCCUACUUUGAAGUAACAUCAAUAUCAAUUUGCUUAUAAUUCAGUUUCUAUGUUUACAAAAUGUUAAAGUAUUUACUUGUAACUUCAAAUUUAUGUUUCUUAUCAUCACUCACAUCAGUUGUGGCAA